AUGACAGACAUGGGAGAGGUCAAGCGCGUAAUCGGCAUCGAAGUGCAGCGGGACUACGAACAUGGCACACUAGCCAUAUCGCAAGGACCCUACGCGAGAGAUAUCCUACAGCGAUACGGAAUGGAACAGGCAAACCCGGUCAGCACCCCCGGGUAUGGAGCAGAACUAUCAACCGAGCAGCCACAAGACCAACUACUCGGACCCGAGGACAAGCAGAGAUUCCAGGCCAUCACCGGGAUUCUCCUGUACCUUGCCCAAUGCACCCGUGGGGGCGGAGGGUUUUGA